AUAAAAGUUCCAAAACGAAUUGCGAUUCAAAAUAAUAUACUAGUUAAGUCUACCCCAUUAUAUCGCAUAUUUAAGAAAGUGUUGUACCGUGUAUCCGUAGUCGUAUCACGUACCAAAGCAACUUACAAUCCAUGUAACAUUGAGCCAACCACCUGGUUCUUGUGGAGAGAGAGAGAUCAACACCACCCACCAUUGCAACCGCGCACAAAUAAGUCCAUGAUUGUCGUGAGGAUCAUUUAUGCAGAGAUAAAGAGAGGAUGGUGGUUGGUGGCACGAGGUCAAGUGGCAACUAGGUGCGGAUCAUAUGACCAUAACCUUUAUGCACUGGAUUAUAGAAACUAUGGCUGUAUUUUUAAGCUUCCUUGUGGUGGCAGCGUAUUUGGGUCUCCUGCCAUUGAUAAGGUACAUGACAUGCUUUAUGUGGCAUCUACCAGUGGCCGUCUGAUAGCAAUAUCUAUUAAGGCUAUGCCAUUUAGUAAAUUGUGGCUGCAAGAGUUUGGAGCACCCAUCUUUGGGUCUAUUUCCAUCAAUUCACGUAAUGGCAAUGUCAUCUGUUGCUUGGUGGAUGGGCAUGUACUUGCAGUGGAUACCAGUGGAUCCAUUAUUUGGAGGAGUCAUGGAAGUGCAAAGUUGUUGAAUUAUGGCGAUCUGAAAUUUCUCCAAAAAGAUAUAUCUUUGUACAGAAAUGCUUCGGGAAAAACUGGUGGCCCGAUAUUUGCUGGACCCUGCAUAUCUCGUACACUAGCUUCUCAGGUGCUCAUAUGUUCCAGAGAUGGAAGUAUCUAUUCGUUUGAAUUGCUUUAUCUUCUCCGAUUUGACUUCCUUACUCAUGUCUAUCUCUGCUCAGAUAGUGAGGUUGGGAUGCUAGUAUUUGUAUCCUGGAAGGUCAUUCCCAUUGUUCUUUCACUGCAAAGUUUCAAACCUUCCCUUUCCAUGCAGCUAGACUCAUGUGGCUCUGAAAGUCAAGGCCUUAGCUUGGGACUUCUUCGGUCUUCCCUUCAAUCUUUGGGGAACUGGGGACUGUCCUUACUCUGUGGGGACUUCUUCGGUCUUCCCUUCAAUCUUUGGGGAACUGGGGAGUCAGUUUUAAGAGGCACUCUGAAUAGUCCUAUUAGGGUAGGAAUUGGGGCGAUUUUUCAGGAUUGCACUCCCUUGGUUCGUGGCAUCUUUGCCACCUUAUACAAGAAGACCACAAUCAGGAUUAGGGUUGCAGAUGUUGGUCUCAUAUGUCUGGAGGUUUUUAAUGGUGGGAGUAUACUCCAAGAAAGUGGGGAUCUCCUUUGGGAACACAAUGUUGGAGAUCCAAUUACUUCAUCUGCUUAUGUCGAUGAGAACUUGCAGUUGAUAUCUGAUGUCUCCCAUCUGUCAGACAGGUUAAUCUGUGUCACUGCCAGUUCUGGGAGUAUCCAUUUGCUUCGAAUCAACCUGGAUGCUGUUGGAGAGGCCAAACUGCUGGGGAAAGAUGUGGUGCAGGAAUUUGCUAGGUUGGACCUCCAAGGAGACAUAUUCUCUUCCCCUGUGAUGAUUGGUGGCAGGAUUUUCGUUGGUUGCAGAGAUGAUUUUGUGCACUGCAUUGAGGUUGGAGUAGAAAUUACAAUGUAA